ACGGGGUUGUGGAAAGCUGAAGGGAGAAACUACAAACAGCCGUGGCAAAAACUGGGUCAUCAAAGGAGUCAGACCAAUAAUAAAAAGCUUUCUAAACUUUUUUUGUUCAGCUCCACCACCCCAUUUUUAAGCUAAAUCCCUGGAAGAUUCUUUUCCUCUCCUCUUCAGCCUGCCAGUCACUCAUCAAGGUCACAUAAUGGAACCAGCAAAUAAGUUCCUGUAUAAACACAAAGGAUGCUAUUUUGUACCAGUGGUGUCCUCACCUGAAAAUAUAGAUUCAUUGGAAAGUUUUGAAAUCCGAGAUGAUGACAUAUUUAUAAUCACAUAUCCUAAAUCUGGCACAAUAUGGACUCAGAAUAUUGUGAACCUGAUUCUUCAUGAAGGUCAUCGAGAUGGAACUGAAACUAUUACCUUGGUUGACAGAGCUCCAUGGCUGGAGUGUAAUGUUUUCCACAUAGAUUUUCCCAAUCGCCCAUCACCCCGUCUCUUUACUUCCCAUCUGCCCUACUAUUUGGUACCCAAAGGAUUGCAAAAUAAAAGAGCAAAGAUUAUUUAUGUGUUGAGAAAUCCAAAGGAUGUCUUGGUUUCUACCUAUCAUUUUUCCAAAAUUACACCUGUAAGGGAAACACCAAAAGAUUUUGAUACAUUCUUAGAGUGGUUUUUGGCUGGCAGAGUGCCUAGUAGUUUGUGGCUAGACCAUGUAGAAGGCUGGCAUGCUCAUAAGGAUGAUUUCAAUAUUCUCUUCCUUUCUUAUGAAGAAAUGAAAAAGGAUCUAAGGAGGUCUGUACUGAAAAUAUGCAGCUUCCUAGGAAAAAAACUAACUGCAAAGGAGGUGGAUGAUGUGGUGGAUAAAGCUACAUUUGAUAACAUGAAAGUGGAUUCUAGAGCAAACUACACAUUCAUGCCUUCUGACAUUGUAGAUUGCAGUAAAGGAGACUUUCUUCGCAAAGGCACUGUUGGAGACUGGAAGAGCACCAUGACCGUUGCCCAGAAUGAAAAGUUUGACCGUGUCUUUAAGGAUAGGAUAGAAAAGCUGCCCUUCAAGUUCUGCUGGGAUAUUCAGGAGGAUCCUGAGCCUAUUUCCAGCUCAGUGGAGGAAAAUAAUGUGUGAUGCCCACCUUCAAUGGGCUUGAAUCAGAGAUGACCUUCCAAGAAUAGUCUUUAUGUAACAUUGUAAUGUUUAAUUCUCAACUCUGCAAAGAUCAUCGAACAAAGCAACAUGAAAUUCUAUGCUAUUAGUAAAGUAGAAACUGCAGAACACAACUAAAAUUACUUCUCUUUGAAAUUCUUACUAUCAUUUGUAUUUUUGUAUUUUAGAAAUGAGAGCAGAUAGACUAGAGUUUCAGCAUUUGAUGUUCAGCUAGAUACAUACUUAUCACGUAUUACAAUUUGCCAUGUCCCAGCAUGGGUUUUCUUAUGCAGCUCAGAGUCU